GGAAAUCCAAUAAGUAAUGUGACGUCAAUAAUUUUCAGACAUUAAUUCCAAGAUCUUGAUUUGGGAGGUAUAGAUGUAUCAGAGUACUUAUAUACGUCAUAAGGUUUUUAUUAACUACUUCAAUGGUAGUAGCUUUCCUUUUUAUUAUUUAACAAUGAUAUUCGAUAGUCGAGAUCUCGAUUAUGAUAUAAGUAAAGAUUACGAAACUAGUAAUAAUUCAAGUUCGUAUAAUGCAAGAAGUGGAUUAGGAUUGGGAUUAUCUUUCACUUUUGAGCAUAAUCAGCAGAAUAAUACAAGUACAACAAAUACACCAAAUGUAUCACCGAUGAAACUUAAAGGAGUAUUGCGAUCACCACCACCAUUGAGCUUUAAUCAAUCGCCAAAAUUGACAAGAAAAAGGAGCGUUAGCUUUGGUAAAGAACAUGUACAAGCUUAUGACAAGAGAGCACCACCGGAUCAUGUCAUAACUAAUGCAAACGCUGGUAGUAAAAUUGCUUACAAGAGUAAAACUAUACAAACAUCACCCAAUGUUCACGCCACACCGGUUAGUGCUAAAGAACUAACAACACGCUUAAAUGCUAUGUAUUUGAUUUAA